AUGUCUUGGCAGUGUCAGCUAGAGAUAGAUCAGCUUGUUAUGUUGGUAAUUGGGCAAAUUACAGACAUGGAAAUGACUAUUUUAAUAGGUAGUCAAGAUGACUAUAGUGGCUUGAGGGGCUUCCUUAAUUUUACUGAUUUGAAAAAGAAAAAUCCCAAUCUCAGAACUAGUGUGGCUAUUGGUGGAUGGAAUGAAUGUUCAUUGAACUACUCUAUAGUGUCAAAUGAUCCAGUAAAAAGACGAAACCUUAUUGAGAGCGCUGUAAGUUUGCUGCAAGAAUAUAAUUUUGAUAGAUUUGAUCUUGAUUGGGAAUAUCCAAAUAAAAGAGAUGGACAUCCUAUUGAUGUAGAGAAUUUCAAUACACUUAUAAGAGAAUUUAGGGAAGAAUUUGACAAGCAUGGUUAUUACUUGUGUGCAGCAGUAGGUGCAUCAAAUCAAGCAGCUGAUAUUUCAUAUCAUGUUCCAUCUUUAUCUAAAUAUCUAGAUCGUAUUUUUGUCAUGGCUUACGAUUUACAUGGUUCAUGGGAUGGAGUCACUGGAAUUCAUGCACCUUUGUACAGAACUAAUGCUUAUGACAAUACCAAUAAUGAAACACUAGCUAGUCUGUAUGUAGACAACUGUAUUCACGGCUGGUUGAAUAGAGGUGCCGAUCCAGAAAAAAUAGGAUUGGGAAUGCCAACAUAUGGUAAAAGCUUUAAACUUGCUGAUUCUAGCAACCAUAACCUUGCAGCUCCUACACUACCAGGAAAUGAUGGGUCAGCAAACCAUACACUAAACAGGCUGGAAUACAGGAUUGGUCUUGAUAACCGAAAGUCACUCUGUAUCAAAGCCAAGUAUGCUAAAGAUUUGAAACUUGGUACUACUAUGAUUUGGUCAGUAGAAACUCAUGAUUUUAGGGGUAUCUGUGGGCCUAAAAACCCAUUUCUUUCAGCAAUUAAAGAUGGUCUAAGCUCAAAUCCUGCCCUUUGCUAA